AUGCACGUCAGGCAGCAGAAGCCAUACAGCGACGUCAAGCGCAAGCGCACAACUAAACCGCGCAUCAAGAAUGAACCACCGACUGCUCUCUCGAAAUUGUCAAGUCCCUCCAUCCCCACACCUCCCGCCCCCGGUAUCGGCACCAUAUUAUUUCGCAAGCUCUGUGCCGAGAAGAUUCGCACAGACUACCCUGGAGUCGAGCCACGCAGCGACUUCGAUCUUGUCGCUUUGGGGAGUAGGCGCUUCCACGGUUCCCCGGCCGAAAUCUACGCACAGCUGGACGAGCAACUCGCAAGCCACGUCGAGUCCGAUGGCUACGAGUUUAUCAUGAACAGCGCGAAGAAGCUUUGUGACGCCUAUGUCGAGCCAACCGGGAUCAAGCCCGGACAGCUCGGCACUGGCGAGAAAUCCGUCUUCAUCCGCCCCAUCCCUGACUCCAAGUACUCAAUCCGACUGUUUCCCGGUUCGAUAUCUGCCGCCGAGUACUGCCUGGACUUCGUCGAGUCUGCGACCGGGAAGGCCGUCAACUCUCCCUUCAAGUUCGAGCUCUGGGCAAUACCGAACCCGGAUACGCCAUGGCUCUCCUUUCAGAUAUGCGGGCAGCUACGGUCGAUCGAACACGCGCACGGCAUCAAGCAGAAAGACAUACUGCCAGGCGCGGAGAAGUUCAUCUUGCGGGACGGGCAGACGUGUGUGCUGGUGCGUCCGGGGAAGCGGUCUAUACGCUUCACGGUGCCCGUGCGGAAGGUGAAGGCUCCGGACGUAAUCGAUGAUGUGGACGUCCUAGACUUGCCUCAGUUCAUUGACCCUUGAUUCAUCGCUGCAUCUGCCAUUGCUUUGUCGUUAUCCCUGUAGACCCGGAAUGUAAUCUUAGGAGACCCGUGUAUGUAUUGUAUUUACUAGUCAAUUAUGUUAUACGACUCGCC